GCCGGUCUUGCCAAGGCGCUGGCCACCAAGUCGGCGUUCACGGCGACGGCCGUCAGCAAGGGCCUGCUCAAGUGGUGGUUCCGGUUCCCGGUCAAACUCUUUCGCCCCGUCGCAGUCAACCCGUGGCUGGUGUUCAACAGCAUGGCCCAGAAGGAGGGCAAAAAGGUGUCGGUCAAGUACGUCCGAGAUGUGGUUGCCGAUGAAGGGUGGGGUGUCCUUGGCAAGAACAUGAUGCCCCUCCUUGUCGCAAAUGCCUGCGUUGGCGCAUUGCUCUUCAACGUCUAUGGCGGCGUGACCGACUACAUGGAGGCCCAGGGCUCGUUCCACUACCACACUCCGUUCGUGGCGGGCUUCCUUGCUGGUGGGGCACAGGCUGCUCUUGCAACCCCGCUCGACAAUAUGCAGCGGCACGUCAACCCCGCCGAUAUUGUCGAGCGUCGGCACGAAGGCAUCAUCCGGUUCACGUACAACACCAUUCGCCAGACGCUGCCGUCCGGAUUCUGGGCAAGCACCAAGUUCCUGUACACGGGCCUGGGAUUCACCGCCUUCAAGGAUGCCCUUGGCUUCUCCAUGUUCUUUGGCGUCUUUGAGGGCGUGCGACAUGUCGGCAAGUCUCUUGUGGCAGAGUUCUUCAACUCACAUGAGGAGCUUCAGCGGCGGCGGUCGCUGACAUUUACGCUGCUGAACGCCCUCGCUGUGAUCACGGCCGGGGCUGCAGCAGGCAUGGCGUACCAGGUCGUCAUCUUCCCGGUGGAAAACAUCCGUGCCAUGAUCGGCAACGCCGCCGCCGAGGCGGCCGUCUCGAAUGGCGACUGCGGCAACACGGCCAAGAUGCGAGCCGAGCGGCACAUGAGCCUCAGGGAUGUUGUGCGGCUCCUGCGGAACGAAGGCUUCAAGCCCUUUUACAGUGGCAUCCUGCCGCAUCUGAUCCGGGUGAUGCCUCCAAGCGCCCUCGGGUUGCUUGCCUACGAAAUCGCGAGCUCCCAGUUCUUUGACAACGAGGACAGCCUGGAAAACUGA